UGGCCGGCGGCCGCGGAUUCGUCGGGCGGGGUCACGUGGGACAUGUCGCUGGCUGCUUCAGAAGUUUGAGGAAAGUGACGGAACCGAAAAGAAGUGCGGAGGACGGCGGCCCGAGGACUGAAGGAUGUCGGACGGUCACGAAGGCCGAGACUCAGAGAAUAACUGGGUGAUCCCCAGUGAAGAGAGUUUCCCGGUGGAGACGGUGGGAGCGGCACAGGGUGGAGCGGAAGAGGUCGGAGCCGCAGGCUUAGAACCGGCGCCCCCCCCUGACAGUGAGGAGACAGCGCCAGAUGUGAAGCCGGGCGCGGAAAUUGCUGAGGGCCCCACACUCCAUGUGAAGCCUGAGGAGCCCGAGAAGCUGGAUGAGGAGCAGGGGCCACCCUCAAACACGGAGGACCCGAGAGGUCCAGGCAUAAUAGCGCGUUGUUUUCAGAGACUAGUGCAGCUCAUCCCAGAGCCCCUGUCAGUGGGCGUCCUGAGGAGCGGGGGUCCGCGUGCUGGAGCAGGGGGCGACUUGGAGGAAGUCAGCUGCUCCAGCAGUGAUGAUGACGUGGAGGGUCUCAGGAAGCGCGUGGGCAGAGGCCCCCCUCCUGCCAGCGUCGGCCCGAGUGUCAGAGAAGCCGUAGAGCAGGACCUGGAUGGUGGAUCCUCACUGAACCUCAAUGUCCUGGUGAUUGCAGCCGUCGGCCUCCUGUGUGUCGGUGUCCUGGUUUUCUCAGGCGGCAGCUUCAGCUCUGAUGAUGAUCCUCCUCAGAAUGUCGUGUCUCGCAGUGUGACAGGAGGAGACGAGCGGCCGCCACAGGUCAUUGCCGACAUUCAGGACUGGAUUGAGCAGCACGCAGACCAAUUCACCGGGGACCCCAGCAGCCUGCAGCUCAUGAGCGGCCUCCUGGACAGGGUCGCCAAGGAAAACCAGGAGAUUCGGCACAUGCAGGCCACGCUCCAGGCACAGAAGGAAGAGUUAGAAGCUCUGCUGUCUGUCAGUGACGGGAGGAACAUUACUCCAGGACUGGCAGAGGAGAACAUCAGACUGAAGGACACCCUACUGAAAGAAGAGACCGCGCACCUCUCUGCAAAGGAGGAGCUGCUGAAUGUGCAGGAGAAGCUGGAGGUUCUGAAGAGCGGUGGGGUGGAGAAGGAAGCUCUGGUGGUGGAGAACUCCCAGAUGAAGGUGGACCUGGAUGCCCUCAGGCAGCAGAUAGAAGGCUUCUUGGCUCAGAAGGAGACCCUGGUGGCUGAGUCUCAAAUGUUGCGCCAGGAACUGGAUAAACAGCGGUUGUUGGUGACCUCAAUCAGACAAGAGCUCGAUAAUCUAGUGGCGAAAAGUGACGAAGGCGAGGACGGGACGUUACUUCAAGAAAGGCUAUCGGAGAUGAGCAGCAGGCUGGCAAUGGAGGCUCAAAGGUCCGAAACAUGGGAGAAGAAGUAUGUAGAGCAUGCGCAGAGAAGGAAGGAGCAAGUGGUAGAAGAAAGGAGAGACCAUGGUUAUAAGGAGUGGAAGAGGGUGGACAAGUCAAACAUCUCUACUCCUGGAGGAGACUUCAGAAAAUCACAUUACAAGCAUGUCAAGGAGCACGGCAAGCGAUGGACAGAAGACACGCAUCCAGAGUCACAGCAUGAAGAACGGAGGAGCAAAAAGCAUGAUGACAAACACUGGCAGGACAAGAAGCAUCGGCAUGGGGAGAAGACGGGAGCGGAGAUCCCAGAGGAGAAGGAGAACUGGAAGAGCAAAUCCAGAGAACACAGGAGCAAAGAGUCUGCACACCAUCAUCAUGAUCACCACGAGAAACAAGCCCGGCAUCAUCAGGGAGAAGCAGAGGCUGGGUUCCAUCCUCGGAAGGGACAGAAGGACUUUACAGACAGUCACAAGAGACGGGAAGACAGGGAAAAAGACCAUCGGCACCAUGACCACAACAAGUUCUGGAAGAAGCUCUCAGACCAUCAGUACCGGGUUCCUGAGGGAUGCUCUGGCCUGGAAGACUGUGCUCGGAAGGAUGGUGUGGACCUGUUCAACAUGGAGCUGAAACCCGUGCAGAGGAAGCAGUUUGAGGAGGUUCUGCUGAAUUACCUGACCAAGUCCCAGCUGUCAGAUCACCUGCCCGAGCUCACGCCUCUUCUUGAUGGCUUCUUCGAGGGGCCUCUCUUCUCUCACCACAAGAUCCGCUUUAAGGAUUUUGUGGAUGAUGUGGAAGAUUUCCUGGAAGAUCUGGCCAGAAAAGAGAUGGGAAAUGAUGACAUUGUGGACGACUUUGAGAGAUACGUGUAUACCAACUUCUUUGGAGAAGGCGUCCCCAAGAAAAGAUGUGCAAAGGACGAGCAGCAGAAAACCAGCAAGUGCCACAAGCAAUAUGGACAACUGGAGAAGACGUAUGACCAGAGCAUCAACCAAUCCAAUGACAACAAGCCCUUCACCACUGACCUUCAUGUAGACUCUCAUGGCUUCAAACCCAUAAAAAAACACAAGGCACAUGAAAAUGAUAAAGUCUGGUCUCCAAACUCUCAGCAUGAAGAAGAAUCUGACCACAAAUAUCACAAUAAAGACCAUCCCAAAACCCAUCAUCAAUCACCUAAACACAACAAACAUGACAAAAAUGAUGGCUCAUUCCAUCAUCAUGGCCACCAUUCUGAGAAGAAGCCUAGAUACCCUCACACCAAGCCUGGCAGAGAAGCAGGAGGACAGCACCACGAUGGUCAACACUUUCACAAUAUACAAUAUAAAGAAAAUGGAGCCUGGCAGAUGCAGAACCAUGACAAACAGAAGUACGACCCACAAAACCACAGACAUCAAAACACAAACAAGGAGCAGAAAGUGCCCGAUGAGAGGUUUGGAAAAGGAUCCCUCAAGCUUAAACAUAAGAGCCCUGAAAAGUACAAGGAAGACGAAGAUAGUCCUAAGAAACAGGAGAAGGACGCACACAAUGACCAUUAUCAGUCACUUCACAAGAGCCAUGAUGACCACUCUACUGAUCACAAAUCAUGGAGAGAUGGUAACCAGCAACAUAGACAGACUGACACCUUCCAUAAAAAUGAUCACGGACCCACUCAACGUUACCUAUCAAAGGCUUAUAACCACAAGCAUAAAGAAAACGAGGGCAGACCUGGAGACUACCAUCCCCACCAACAUGAUGUUCAUGACAGGCAUGGGAACUACCACCAAAAGCAUGGCAAGGACAAACAUGGAAAUUACCAUCAAUUGCAUGAACGAUCUAAGGACAGUGAUGGGGACUACCACAAGUAUGACCAAGACCACCAUAAACAUGAAGAGGACAGGGACUACCACCACAAGUAUGACAAAGACCACCAUAAACAUGAAGAUGACAGGGACUACCACCACAAGUAUGACAAAAACCACCAUAAACAUGAAGAUGACAGGGAGUACCACCACAAGUAUGACAAAGACCACCAUAAACAUAAAGAUGACAGGGACUACAACCACAAGUAUGACAAAGACCACCAUAAACAUAAAGAUGACAGGGACUACAACCACAAGUAUGACAAAGACCACCAUAAACAUGAAGAUGACAGGGACUACCACCACAAGUAUGACAAAGACCACCAUAAACAUGAAGAUGACAGGGACUACAACCACAAGUAUGACAAAGACCACCAUAAACAUGAAGAUGAUAAGGACUACCAUCACAAGUAUGAUAAAGACCACCACAAACGUAAAGAAGGCAAGGAUAAACAUGGCAACUUCCGCUACAGACCUGAAGAAGAGAGAAGACUGCAGGACUACCAGCAUGAUGACCCCAGGAAAUACUAGAUAUUGCACCAUAGCUGCACGUCACUUCACCAGUAAGGCUAGGGCUUCAUGACGACAUGUGUCGUGCGACAAUUUUUAUAAUGAUAGUCUUCGACAUGGGAACACCGCGAUGCGACAGUCGCAUAUGUCGCCGUGUAGCCCUAGCCUCACACUGAUGAUCUUCACAGUCAGGAAGAUGUUGUGUUGCUGUUUCGGUCACACACUCCUAUAGUUUGCGUUGUUUGAGGUCACUGGACUUUGUUGGUUGCAUCCCUUAUCCUGCUCCCCCUGGAAUCGGCAGUCCGUCCCACCUUACGGUUGUUCCUUCUGGUUUUCCAUCUUCUUUUCACGUUGCUGUGUUUUUAUCCUGUUUUUCCUUCCAUCCUCUUUGUGCUAAGAAAAUGGGAAGUAGUUGUAGGAUAAUGCCACUUCUUACAGUAAUCUAUUGUGAGACCAGCAGAGAGUGGAGAGGGUCAGUAAGCCAUCUCCAGUCACAUCAUGGCUGGAAGUUAAAAGCUCAAAUGUGAUUGGUUUCUAUCUUGUUUUUGUGGUCAUGAGUCUGUCGAGGGUUUCACUGCCCAUAGACAAGGCAGGAGUCAGAGUCCUCCGCAGCCACAGUCUUAACAGACCAGCCGCAAAUUACAAGGCUAAAGAAAAUGGCCACCUGUAGUGUUGGGCCAGCUGAUAAGACACGGACCUGAGGUAACCCCAAUAUCUUAAGCCUAUGUAGAUGCAGUGGAAGCAAAACAGAACCCCUGUGAAGUGGAUGAUAAGGGGUUAUUGAUGGGCACAGCUGUGCUGAAACACUGGCGAUAGGAACGGAGCCACACAGGACCUGGGGCAUAUGUUCUUAGCCAAAGUCAGAAGUAAAUCUAAAACUCUGAAAAUGUCAUACUUCCCCUUCCUUCCUUCAUGCAUUUCCUCCAUUUCCUCCAUACUUCUAUUUCCUUCUCCUUUGUUCUUGUGAGUCCCUUUCCUUCCAGCUGUCCCAUCCUUUGUGCUUCCCCUUCUUCAGGCUUCUCUGUCUUUCAUGUUUACCCUUUAAGCUUUCCUCUCUCCCCUUCGUGCUUCUCUCUUCCUACUUCUUCCUCCAUCCAUCAUCCUGAUUCUCCACCCUUUCUGCUUCUCCAACCUUCAUUCAUGAUGCUUCUUCCAUUCUUUUUCUCCUUUCCUUCCUACUUCUCCUUUCUUCUUCCCUCAUUUUUUGUCCUUCCUUUGUAAUUCUCAAUCCUUCAUGCAUCAUCAUCCUCCUUACCUUCAUUAUUUUCCAUCUGGCCUCUUUGGCCUUCAUGCAGCUCCAUCCUUCCUUUUCCAUCUCUGUCCUUCCUGCUUCUUCAUACUUCUGCCAUCAUGAUUCCCCUUCAUAUGAUUCUCCAUCCUUAAAGGGGUUGUCUGCUUUUUACUAUUGAUGACCUAUCCUCAGGAUAGGACGAUAUCAGAUUGGUGGCACCCCCGCUAUUCACUUCCGUGGACCGGCUCUGUAGUAUUACACCGAUCACCACCGCAAUAGCUGCAGUGAGCAGGUAAACUGAGCAGAGAAGGCAGCGCUCGUAUGAGCACUGCGGUCUCUUCACACAGCUGAUCGGCGAGGGUGCCGGGAGUCAGACCCCCGCUGAUCUGAGAUCAAUGACCUAUCCUGAGGAUAGGUCAUCAAUAGAAGCGGACAACUGCUUUAAUGCUUUCCCUUCAUGUGUGGCUUCUCCUAUCUUCUAUACCUGUUUUCUCCACGUUUCAUGCUUCCUCUUCCUUCAUACUUUUCCUUCCCUUUUGCUUGUUCUUUCAGUCUUCUCCACCCUUCUUCUUCAUGCUUCCUCUUCCUUCAUACUUUUCCUUCCUUUUUGCUUGUUCUUUCAGUCUUCUCUGCCCUUCUUCUUCUUGCUUUCUCUUCCUUCAUACUUUUCCUUCCUUUGUGCUUGUUCCUUCAGUCUUCUCCGCCCUUCUUCAUGUUUCCUCUUCCUUCAUACUUCCUUCCUUCAUGAAUCAUUUCUACCUUUCGCUAUAAAACCCUGUCCCAGACCGUGCCUGUGUGAGUGUGUCCUUCCUGAAGGCAGUGUAUGGUGGAUGGCCCUGUUUCACCACUUCUCUUCUCGUCCACACUGGGUUGCGCUUUGUUUGUUUUUUGUGUGUUUUAUGCCGUUUGCGGUUUUAAUUUAACUCACUGAACUAAUGCACUUUGGAGAUAAAACUUUAAAACAUU